CUUGUUAUUAGAUUACUAUCACGGCAAUAUAAACUCUUGUAACGUGAACGAUAGCAAAGGCACUGACUUUGGCCUCAAGGUUUUCUGUUUGUGCUGUUUUAUGGAGGUUUCAAAUCAAGUUUUAAGAUCAUGGUUACUGUCGGUAACGUCUCUUUCCAUCCUCAGAAACAUGGCUUGGGAGGGGAGACUGCCCUUCCUCCUCUCCAUCUUUAUGUUUCUCUCAAUGCUGUCAUCUCUGAGUGACUGUCACCCUCACCCAGCUUGGCCUGUGAGUUCAAGGGCUGUGACCGCGGCUGCAACUAAUUAUACUGCAAGGAAAGCUUCAGAUGUAGCAGCUGAGGUAGCAGGCUAUGCUGAUGUGGCAAAACAGAUCAUUGACCUGGCUGUGUUUGGCGCUGCCCAGAACCGCUCUUACAGGCGGCUGGCCGACUUCACGGACACUAUAGGCAACCGUGUCAGUGGCUCGCACAAUCUAGACCUGGCUAUCAAGUACAUGCACAAUGCCAUGACGCAGGAUGGGUUGGACGUUCACCUGGAACCUGUCAAAAUCCCACACUGGGUGAGAGGGAAGGAGAGUGCAGAAAUGAUUGCACCCAGGGCCAAAAAUCUGGCUAUACUGGGAUUGGGAAGCAGUGUAGGAACACCACCUGAGGGUAUCAAAGCCGAAGUGUUAGUUGUUCAGUCUUUUGAGGAACUGAAGCGUAGAGCCAGUGAGGCCGUAGACAAGAUUGUGGUCUUUAACCAGCCAUUUGUCAGCUACGGGGAAACAGUGGCUUACCGCGCUUAUGGCGCCUCUGAAGCAGCUAAAGUGGGAGCUGUGGCGACUCUCAUUAGAUCUAUCACUCCAUUCUCUAUCAACAGUCCCCACACAGGUUUGCAGGACUACCAGGAUGGAGUGAAGCGCAUCCCUACAGCCUGUAUCACUAUCGAAGAUGCUGAACUGAUGUGGCGUUUUGCGCAGAGGGGGCAGAAGAUUGUGGUCAGACUCACAAUGGAAGCCAAGACCCUGCCGGAUGCCGACUCUUUCAACACGGUGGCUGAGAUAAAAGGCUGGCAGCACCCUGAGCAGGUCGUCUUACUGAGCGGUCAUUUGGACAGUUGGGAUGUGGGCCAGGGUGCCAUGGAUGACGGAGGUGGAGCCAUGAUUUCCUGGGAAGCCCUGUCACUCAUCAAGGAUUUAGGUUUGCGUCCAAGGAGAACCCUGCGAACAGUGCUGUGGACAGCUGAAGAGCAGGGUGGAGUUGGAGCGCAGCAGUACUACGAUCUACACAAGGCGAACCUGUCCAACAUUGACCUUGUUAUGGAGUCCGACUUGGGGACAUUCACCCCUGUGGGUCUUCAGUUUACGGGCAGUGAUGCAGCGAGAAAGGUGAUGGAAGAAGUGGUCAAACUGUUGGCUCCCAUUAAUACGACUAAACUGGAGGCACAUGGAGAAGGAACAGACAUCUCACCGUGGAUGCAGGCAGGAGUACCAGGUGCCAGCCUCCAUGUGGCAGACAGUCGAUACUUUUGGUUCCACCACACUGAGGGUGACACCAUGACUGUUCAGGACCCUCAAGACAUGAACCUCUGCUCGGCAUUGUGGGCCGUCGUUGCCUAUGUCGUGGCAGAUCUGCAGGACAUGCUGCACAGGUCUUGCUGAUCAUGUAGUUUCAAAGAGGAAGCGGAGGACAAAUGAGCUACACACAGCACUGAGUGGUUGUUUCUGCAGAAAAGAGAAGGAGGAGGAAAGAGGAAUGAAGCAGGAGGAGGCAUGAUGGGUGAAGAAAUUAUUAGAGUACCAAAAGAGAAGAGAGAUCAUACGGAGGAGGAGAGGAACUAGAGGGAAUUCAUCAUUUUGUGGGCGCCACACAGACAACUCUGAAGAUAUAACAAACACACACACACACAGAGCUGGGACCUCCUUACCCCAAGAGCCGAUAAGUCAGUACUCCCUUUGGGUGAUGUCAGGGUUACUCAGCUAGCCAAUGCUGAUAAAGUCAUUUUGAAAACAGAUGUAUGUGUGUGUAGGUGUUUGUCUGUUGAAACAAAGCUUUGUAACUUUUGCUAAGUGUCUGGUGAGCUCUUUCUCAUGCUAGCAACACUGAUUCAUACACAGACUGUUGUGGUAGCAAAGAGACACACUGAGUCACGCACAUCACUGCUAACGUGACCUAAAGUCACUAAAUACACACAUUAACGUCAGAGAGACAUCGUCUGACAGAUGGGACUUUUUGAAAUUACAUUUGAAAUGAUAUUUAAAUCUACUGUGUUUUGUGAAGCAUUUAGAUUUACAGUGUAUGAUUAAAGGUGAACUGAUUUCUUUUUUUAAAUAUCCUGUGUAAUUAAGCCAUGAACUAUAAAGCUGGUCUGAUGUUUACCUGUACUCAGCCACAACUACUGACCACAUACUGUGUGAUGUCUGUCUGGCUUUAAUUCAGUUUCAUCAAUUAUCAGUCUUGACAAAUUUGUACAUUUUCUAAUAAAAGAAAAUUAAUUCUA